GACUCGGUGAGCUGAGUGUUUUGGGGAGGAUAAGGGGGUUGUUGCUCAUGGGCAAUGUUUCCAAGUACCUCUACCAUUAGCCCCUGUCGCCCUGCUGUGCAGUACAGCCAAGCGAGGUGGCGGUCAGCUGUGCGCAUGAGGAGUUUCGUUUCUGCCCUUCAUUAAACAAUGAGAGGAAAGCUGGCUAGUGUGUAGGAAACGAAACGAAACAAAAUUAAACGAAAGGAAAAAGCAAUCACGAGUUGAGCCUUGUUUCAUAUCAAACUGGUUUCGUUUCUCCUGAUUUUGUCACAGCAUGUAGGCGGAGCCUGUAAAUAAAAAAGCAACUGAAGAAGCCGAAAACCAGUUACUGCUUCUCCUUGCUACAGGACACUACACAGAAGCUGUGCAAAAGAGUGGUUGGACCAGACAGUAAUCACUAUUUAGUGAAGCACUUACGGACAGCCGGUGUGGUAGGCCAAAAAAUCAGCAGGCCAUGGAUAAUGAGGGUCUGAAGUCCAAAAAUCAUUUUGCAAGAGCUGAAGUUGUCCCAAAGAAAGAAGGUUUUGCAUCACCUUCCUCACAACCAUCUUCUGAAGCUUUUGCAGUACCUCUCCCACCAGAUACAGAAGACAGUGACAGUGGUCCAGUAUACAGUGUUUGGGGAAAGCGUACAUAUGUGCAUGGGGACUGGAAUGAACAGGAUUACAGAAAACAGGAUGAGGCAGCAGAGCAUACCUUGUACAAUCAAUAUGAGGAAAAGAUCCGACCCUGUAUUGAUCUCAUCGACAGCUUGAGAGCUCUUGGAAUAGAAAAAGACCUGGCUUUGCCCGCGAUCGCAGUGAUUGGAGACCAGAGUUCUGGGAAAAGCUCUGUCCUAGAAGCCCUGUCUGGUAUUGCUCUUCCUAGGGGAACUGGUAUUGUUACUCGAUGUCCCUUGGAACUUAAACUGAAAAGAAUACCUGCUGACCAGGCAUGGAAAGGGAAAAUUUCUUACCAGGACAUCAGCAGAGAGCUCCAGUAUGCCUCUGAGGUGGACAAAGCAGUAAGAGAAGCCCAGGAUGUCGUGGCUGGUACUAGAGGUGCCAUUAGUGAACAACUAAUUUCCCUAGAAAUUCGGUCCCCAGAUGUCCCAGAUCUGACAUUAAUUGAUCUUCCUGGAAUUGCCAGAGUGGCUGUGGGGGAUCAGCCAAAAGACAUUGGGGAACAGAUCAAAAGACUACUUAAAAAAAUUAUUGGCUGCAAAGAGACACUCAAUUUGGUAGUGGUGCCAUGUAAUGUGGAUAUUGCAACAACAGAAGCACUGAAAAUGGCUCAAGAGGUGGACCCCAGGGGAGAAAGGACACUAGGGAUCCUAACGAAGCCUGACCUGGUGGACAGAGGAACAGAAGAGGCUAUUGUUAACAUAAUACGAAACCUGGUCGUCCCCCUCAAAAAAGGUUACAUGAUUGUGAAGUGUCGUGGGCAGCAGGACAUCCACAACAACCUGACCUUGGCCACUGCAAUCCAUCAGGAGAGAAAAUUCUUUGAGAGUCACGAACAUUUCAGUAUUCUUCUGGAAGAAGGAAGGGCUACCAUCCCUCAUCUGGCAGAGAAACUCACAAAUGAACUUGUGAGACAUAUUAUUAAAACUUUGCCAACACUAGAGAAUCAAAUACGUGAGGUGCUCCAUAAAACAUUCUACGAUCUACAAAAGCAUACAAGAGGAACACCCACAACAGAGUCUGAGAAGCUGAUUUUCCUCACAGACUUAAUCAGGACCUUUAAUCAAGAUGUCUCUCAGAUAAUACGUGGAGAGGAACAGUUGUUUGGAAGUGAAAUCAGGCUGUAUACAAAAAUCCGCAGAGAGUUUCAAGCAUGGGAAUUGUUUAUCCUGGAGUCUACUGAAAAGUUUAAAAAAAAUGUACCAAGUAAAGCAUGGAAAUACGAAGACCAGUAUCGUGGACGGGAGCUCUCAGGUUUUACCAAUUUCAGGACAUUUGAGGACAUUAUAAAAGAGCAAAUCAUAGAACUGGAGGAGCCAGCCAUUGCGAUACUGAACAACGUGAUGGGCCUGGUUGAAGAUAGAUUUGUGGAGAUCGCUAAACUGCAUUUUGCUAAUUUUCGCAAUCUGAACAGAGCUGCUAAGACCAGAAUUGAAAGUAUUAGAGAGAAACUGGCAGCAGAAGCUGAAAAACGCAUCCGGAUCCAAUUUAAAAUGGAGAGAAUUGUAUACUGCCAGGAUGACAUUUACACUGAUGAUUUAAACUCUGUUAAGGAAGAAAACACCAAAGCUGGUAGUGGGAAAGAGUUUAAGUUUGGACCUGUUUCAAAUCAAGAGCCCACCUUUGUCCAGGAAAUUGUUGCUCACACAAAGGCCUAUUUUCAUGGAGCAAGUAAACGCCUCUCCAAUCAAAUACCUCUCAUCAUCCUGUCCUCUGCCCUUCAUGACUUUGGGGAGAACUUACAGAUUGAAAUGUUGCAUCUUUUGCAAGAAAAAGACAAGUUAAAUCAUCUUCUUCAGGAGGACGGUGAAGCUGCUAAACAUAGAAACUACCUUAGUCAACGAGCUAAUCGUCUCACCAAAGCCAUCCAAUACCUGAGAGACUUCACCGCGCUGUAGAGUUCUUAAUUUUUCAGAAGUAUUCUUCUGCUCUUAUUUUCUAGAAUUAAUGAAGAACUUAAUAAAGUGCCCUAAAGAUGCAAUGUCAGCACAGAGCUUUAAUACUCAUUUGUAGUGUUCUAUUUUGCUUCAUUUUCCAUAAUCAUUUGCACAUAAACACCUGCCCUUAUGUAAAGUGCUCCACUGGAGGAGUUGUGAUUAAAUAAAUGUUAUCCCAUGUUAUCUGA